GCGAGCAGGGCGCCGGGAGCGGGGACCGCGGUGGAAGUUGUUAGCGCAGUUAUAAUUAGCUUGGCCGGGGUCUCUGGUAAGCUGGGGAGGAGGAAGGGGGAGGAGUGUAACUUUUCGCGGCUCGGGAAGCCCAAGGUUGUCUCUGGUUACUGCUGCCCGCCGCUGCGGGGGGAGGCGCGGGCGGGCGCCUGCAGGAAGUACCAACUAGUCUCCUUCCACAAAGGCCAAAUGGUGGCAGGCUCCCUUGGGUUUUAUUAGUACUUGUGCGCUCGGAGGAGUGGCUGCAGGGAGGGUGGCAGGAAAGAGGCUUUCCCUGAAUCGCAGCUUUUUAAUUCUGGCACUCGUGAUCGCUGCCUCUUGAGAGUUGCGACUUGUGUAUUUGCUGCAGCUACAUUUUUAAUAGCAGGUUUUGUUUGUCUCGGUAACCGUGUAUGUUAGCCUGAACUACAAGUAGGCGGAUAAGACUGGAGGGGCAUAAGCUUGGUGUCCUUUAUGCAUAUUGCAAAUUCAUCUCUCUAAUAGACGCAGUUAAUAAUUUCUGCCCUAGAUAGGCCUGGAAUUUUUCAAACUAUGUUGGAACAGUUCAUUUCCAAAAACAUAGUCACAUCAUCCUACCUCGGUGGAUGGCUUGGCCUCUUGAAUAGUUCAGGACCCUUGGAUGACCACACUUUAUGCAAGAUCUGGAAUCUUCCUGCCUGGACUCCUUUCUGUUUUCUGAGGGUAACUACUUGUUCAUGUUGGGGAGAGGUCUAAAGCGCAAGCUGAGUGACUAUGAGGAGAACAUGGCUGGUCUCUCGAGUGCCUUUGAUUCCAGUCGAAAUUUGCCAUAUCCACUUAAGAGGCAGUUGGUGCUUAAUAUGUGCCUCACCAAGUUACAGACGUACAAAAUGCUGGUGGAACCGAACUUGCACCGCUCUGUCCUCAUAGCCAACACAGUACGGCAAAUUCAAGAGGAAAUGAGACAAGAGAGUAGUCAGCAGCCAAUUAAUGUCUGCCCUGGCAUUACUCCUAGUUCUCACAGCUACACAGGGAUGGAGUCAUCUGGGAUUUCUCUUCAGUUGCCUUCAGGUAUUAGUCAGCAAGAGUCUAACUGUUGCGACUUACGGUCUGUAGAAGACCCAAUUGAAAAUAGCCUGCUCAUAGUUUCAGAUGAUGAUAUGUCAUCUGCUAUUUCAUCUAUUCUGAAGGAUUUAGACUUUGUAGAAGAUAUAAGCCCGCCUACUUGUCUGGUUUCUACUGGAGACGACCAGCCAAAGUUUCCAGAAAAUACUGGUCUAAAACUAGAAGAUGAUAGACAGGAUUUGAAGGGAGCUGAAUGUGUGUUUGGUUCCUUUGAGAUUUCAAAUUCAACUAGCUACUUGAAGGAUUUGGCAAUAGAUGACAUUUUUGAAGAUAUUGACACUUCAAUGUAUGAUUCAGACUUUUGCUGCCCUCCAUUAAUGCCACCCAGACCACCAUCUCUUGCUACAGAAGAACCAUUGAAAACCUUUCCAUCUUGUAAUUCUUCUUCAGCAAGCAACAUUCAGAUAUGUAGAACAGAUCUGAGUGAGUUGGACCACAUCAUGGAAAUUCUUGUUGGAUCCUGAUACUUGUUUUACCCAAAGAUACUUAUUAACUGCCACUUUCAUUUGGUUUCAGGAUAAAAGCCACUGGAAAAGUUGUAAAGAAUUCUUUAAAACACAAACUAAAAAUAAUUUGUCUGUAGUGGGAUUUUCUAAAUAAUUCCAAAUCUUAAAAACCAAAAAAAGUGGCAGAUUUUUUUUUUUUAAAGAAAUAUUUAUUUAUCAGAACUGUGCAAUCAUCUUUUUCCUUCCAGGGUGUAUGUGGAACAAUAGGCACAUACCCUUAUCACCCCUCAUGCCUCUUUCAAUAAACUUUUUUAUGUGCAAUUUUUAAUUUGUCAGAAGAAUUUACAUGCAAAACAAAUUUCAUACGAGAUGAUCUUUUACAAAGCCUCCACUUUAUUUUUAAUAUCAGAGUCUAUGCCAGGUUGGCAUACGUCAAGUUGCAUAGUUGGAUUGCGUGGAUUGCAGGCGCAUUACUAGAGAUGGGUAUAUUUUAAAAAUGAGACACACUUCGCUUUCUUUUGGUCAGAAAAGCAGAUCAAGACACUGAUCAACGAAGUCUCUUGCAUUUUCUAAAGCAUUCAGAACUAUUUAUUUUUGUAAAUUUUAUAGUCUUUCUACAUUUUACUACGUUAUUUCAUCAUAGUUCAAAUAUAAUGGACUUCUAGUUGGAUGUGUUUAGCACUACCUCUGAGCUGAAAUGCUUUAACUCUUUCCAGUGCUUCGUCUAAGACUGCAGAUCUUGUUUCUAUUUUUUUUUCUGGGGGAAAGUACUUCUAACUCAUUAAGCUGAUCCUUUGACAGUGACCUAGCUGAUUUGUGAAAUCAAGGGUAUUCAAUGUUUAAAAACUUUUAAGUAUUUACAAAUGUAAUUUAUAUGUAGAUUGUGCAAUUUUAACAUUUUUCUGUCAGUAUUAUGUGCUUAGAUUUUGAAUAAUCUUGGCGUUCUUUAAAUUAAAACUUACUAUGUACAGGUAGCUUUUUAAUCUGUUUUGGAAAACACUGUCCUUCAACCCUGCUUUCACUACGAAGUUUAAGAUGAUUUUUAUGUGCAAUAUUAUUUAAAAAGAUACACAUUUGUAUACCUGGCAUUGUGGAAAGAAACGCUUCAAACUUAAAACUUCUAGCACCUUUGGAGGAUACUCAAGAGUCAACAUGUCUGUAUCCUUUAAGAAACAAAGCUGAGAACACUUCUUACUACACCAGUGCUUACUGCUUUGAAUACUCCUGAAAUACUCAUUGAUACGUGGUGAGUCAGUGCCGAUGACCAAGUACCAUCGUGCAGCUGUGUCUGGGGGAGCUCAGGGGUCUGACCGCUCAGAUGCAGCGCCAGGGCUGGGGCCUGCGUGGGCUUUGGAAGCAUCGUGGUAGUUCCUGCUGCCGAUGCUGCAGGUUGUACUGGGGAGGGAGGGGUGCGUGUCUAUGGCAGGUGUGUAUAUAAGUAUAUAUAAGCGCACUAAUUAACUGAAGAUGAGAUUUGCAGUGAGAACUAUUUCCAUAAGACAGUUUGGAUACUGUGUUUCAGCUUGAACUGAGGUCUAUAUUGAUCUUUUCUAUUGUCUUCUGAACUACACACUUGCACAUUAGUUUUUGGGUUGGUUUUUUUAUUAUUUUUUAAUUAUAAAACUUUUACUUUGUUCUUGAAAGCUGCAGCACCUGUCUUGUAAGAAAAUUUGCAGUUGUAAAAGCUUUGCUUUGGUUUGUUGGUUUUGGGGGUGGGGGGUGGUUGUUGUUCUGCUGAGACUUUUCAUGAAUGGGGCAUCGGCAGAGGAAAAAAAAUGUUGCCUGUGUGUUGCAUCUCACAGAAGUUGAAAUCCUGGCCCUAUUGAAGGGGCCAGGGUGUCACCUAGUAUUUCUAGUCUUAACUGAUGCUGUGGCACACCUACCUUGUGCAAAGAUCUCCAUUUUUUACUGUGACUGUUUUGGUUAACAGUUAGCUGCCGAUACAAUUUGGUAUCCCAAACCAAUGGAGAACCAGUUCAGGUCACAUCCUCGCAGCCAUCUGGGUUGUUUAGCAACCGAAGGGUAUAAAUGUAUUUAUAUGCAUAUAAUGUAUUGAUUCUAAUAUAAAACCUCUGAUCUAAAGUAUUUUGAAUUGCUGGAUAAAGGGAUUUGUUUGAAGAGUGUAUAAAUAGUUCUUGAAGAGGUACAGCUUCAGAAUGUACACAGAUUGUGCAUUGUGUAUAGACUACUCUGGCUUUUCCUCAGCCUCUACUUUUGUAUUAAAGAUAUGACUGAAUAAAUCCUUGAAAUAUUAAGGGCCUUCUGCACUGUGAUGAAGCAGAGUUGUGUUAAAAAUGUCUUUACAUUCAGUAAUGAGGGAUAAAAUAAAAAGACUGCAUCUAAUUUCUUUUUGCAUUUGAAAAUAUGGAAUGUUACUAUGCAGUAAAGAUAUUUUGGUAUGAAAAUUGUAUUAUGUAGCAAAUAGUGAAUGCUUAAUAAAUCCACUUACUCAUGUUGGAGCCCCUACAGAAACACAAGAGAAGACAACUUGCUUUUCAGCAUUUACAUGCUAAAGUUUUUUGUAUGCUUCAGAAAAAGAUUAAAUUGUUGGUAGAUGUUUUAUCAACAAUUCAAAAUGCAAUUUUUGUUCAAGUGCUUGCUACAAAGCUCUGUUUCUAAUUGGUUGCUUGCAUCACAGUGCCAAGACCAUAAGCUGGUAUGUAAUGCAGUUCGGUUAUGUAUGGAAUUAUGUGCAAAGGGAAGUUUAAUUUUUAAAUAUGCACAAACUAAUUUUAAAAUCCUUCCAUGUAAAAUGAAGUUAGAGGCUAGUUGUGGUGGACCUAUUUAUUGUAUGUUUGGAAAUAAAAGCCACAGUUUUGCAGUUUAA